AUGCGUCCCUUGACAGCCGAAGAAACCACAACUCUCUUUGAGAAGCUCGCCAAAUACAUUGGAGCCAACAUUAAGCAUUUGAUCGAUCGUCCCGAUGAGACUUACUGCUUCCGUCUUCACAACAACCGUGUCUAUUACCUCAGUGAGGCUAUGAUGCGCAUUGCUGCAAGUGUUGGACGUGAUCAGCUCGGAUCGGCUGGUGUGUGCUUUGGAAAGUUCACAAAGACUGGAAAGUUUAAAUUGCACAUUACUGCUCUUGAUCAUCUUGCACAGUACGCCAAGCACAAGAUCUGGAUCAAGCCUAAUGGUGAGAUGCCAUUCCUUUACGGCAAUCAUGUCGUCAAGGCUCACUUGGGUAGAAUUACCGAUGAUACUCCCGAACACACUGGUGUAGUUGUUUACACUAUGUCCGAUAGUCCCUUAGGUUUCGGUGUGACAGCACGCUCGACAGUUGAUAUGAAGAAGCUUGCACCCACAGAUAUCAUCAUGUUCCAUCAAGCUGAUGUUGGAGAGUACCUCCGUGAGGAAGACACUCUGUUCUAA